CAUCGCAUGGUCUAAGGAGAGUAGCGUGGUCCUAAAGUAAAGUGCAUCUGCAUCAUUCAUCAUUCACAAGAAGACCCAGAGCACGCGUCAGCCACGUUUUCUGUUGGCUCUUUGGCUUGGAUAACUCUUCCCGUAUUAUCCAUAAUCGACGAUUGGCCCUCAUUUUAGCGAAAUUUGUUUGGAUUUUUGCCUCCGUCUGAUUAUUGGCCUCGAAAACUUAUUUUACCGUCAAUAUUAUCGGCUUUAAAAUCUGAACAAUGUCGUUCCUCACGCGAGCAAUGUGCGAGUCGCAAAACUUGACCUGGAUAACAGGGCCAGCUAAUGCGACCAACAUACGCUAUUGGGAGGUGAAAAAUGAAUACUGGCCGGUCGAAGUCACGUAUCCAGACCCUGAUACGGGCCUUCCAAUUACUGAAACUGAAUGGGAGGUUGUACCUCAUUUAAAAAGAUACCGAGUUUUGGAACGGGAGGAGAAUUACAAUUGCAUCUGUAAUCAGCACCCCCCAAGACCAAGGAAGGACAAUAGGCGCAACAAAGAAACUGCAGCGACCAGCAGUUUACUUCCUGAAUCGGAUCCCUAUGUGUUUAAAGUUCCGGCGCUACCUGUUACGAGGAGACGAAGCAAUCUCAAAGCUUCGUCGGGGAAGAAACGAAAACAUUCGGAAGUAGAUGAGAAUGAAGAGGUUGAGCCUAAAUGCGCUCACCCGGAGAGAAAAUCAAAGGCUGAUACAAACCAAAGGCAACCCCUAUCUGCAACGUCAACUGACGACGGAAAUGUUAGUGAGACUUUGGUUGAAGAUGAUGAGUUGCUUCAACUCAUAGACACUGAUCUAUAUGAUGAGCUGGAUUCGAUGCUUGGCCUAUAAUUCCCAAACUAGGGCUGAUCCGCUAUGGCUGCUGAUGCACAUUACAUUGAGUCCUCCAGAUGCAUUUCCAAUUAUUGGAAAAUGUCACGCAUCUAAAACACUAAUAAUUGUAAUGAAAAUCAAAUUUGCCAUUGCUAACUGUGCAAUUAGAUGAUCUCCUCCAGAAGUACAAUGAAUACCAUAUUAAUUUUUCUUCUAUUUAAACUAUAUAUGUAUUAUAUAAUAGAAUGGCUUACAUUUAGCACAUUUUAUUAUUAUGUUUUGUAAACUACCAGUGUGAUCAGGCCUCUGGAUCAUCUAUCAUCAGACAUCUUAUCUAGCCAAAUGGUGAAUAAUGUGUCUUAUAGUUGCUCUCAAAGUGACCUACUUUAACUGGUGUCUAUUUUACAUACAUUACUCUCUCGAGACAUUUUUAUCCAAGUUGUACAAAAAAUGUUUGUGACACGCUAAAUGCUUUUUACAGUACGAGUUUGCUCAAUAUUGAAUGUUCCUAGUUCCUAUGCUCUUGUUGAUCCCUGUAAGAAAUGUGUAUGUAUAAAAAAUUAUCAUAUUUUUAUAAUGUUGUCUUCGUUGACCUGAACGUUUUAAAUUUGUUCGUCGAUCAUUGUAAACUAUUUAAAACAGCGCAAGCAUGUCUGUAUCCGGACAAUAAUUUACUGGAAGUUUAUGUUUCACCUUUUGCCUUAGAUAAGAGAUAUGACAAGACUGACUUAAUAAAAAAAAGUAUAAGUUUUUAA